ACUCCUACUGUACUUGUAGCCAGCUACUCCUGCUAUGUUACAAGUCAUGGAGACCUACCCUCUGGCAAAGCUCAUCUCACUCGCUUUCCUACUAGUUUUGCUUCCACCGGGCAUGGCUCUUGUGCCGUCCCUGGAAGAGCAAGCCGGAGCUCUCCUUGCCUGGAAGGACACGCUAGAGAGCAGCCCUGCUCAGCUACAAUCCUGGGGAAGGGAAAACAAUAAUUCAUGGCCGUGCAGCUGGCAUGGCAUCCAGUGCAGCAAGCAUCGAGCAAGGCACCAAGAGGUGAUCACCGGGAUCUCUAUACAGGGGCUACAGCUGAGAGGGAAGCUGGAGUCCCUCAACUUCACUGCGUUGCGUACUCUCACGAGUAUCCAACUCUCCAACAAUCAGAUAAGGGGCUCCUUUCCACCCGCUUUAGCAUCAUCUUUGCCAAACUUGAGACACCUAAUGCUUCAGGAGAAUGAACUAUCCGGUGAAAUACAUUUUGCUUGAGACACCAAUAGUGCACAGAGAUAUAACAAGCAACAACAUUUUGCUUGAUCUGGAAUUUAGAGCUUGCAUAUCUGACUUCGGUACAGCUAAAAUACUCAAUAUUGAUGGCCAAAAUAUCACAAGGCAUGCUGGGACUAAAGGCUACAUUGCCCCGGAGCUAGCAUAUACAGAGAAUGUGACGGAAAAAUGUGACGUAUACAGCUUUGGAGUACUUGUUCUGGAGGUAUUCAUGGGAAUUCAUCCAGGCGAUUUGAUCUCAUCCCUCCCGUUGACCAGCAAGAAUAAUGAUGUGUGCCUACGGGGUCUGCUGGACUCCAGGCUCGUGAUCCCUGAUGCUGAAACCGCAGGAGAAAUAUACAAAGUGCUCAGUGUUGGUGUACAGUGCUUGGAUCCUAACCCCACACGCAGACCAACGGCACUACGUGCCAGUGAAGACCUUGGGAGCAAAACAUGUGAAGAUAAUAUUGAUUAUCUGGACGCUGUUCUCACAAUUCCUCCCCAGUAGUGCCCAUGGGUAUGGAAGAUGAAUAAAUAAUUUUUUUUUGAAAAGGAGGUCAUCCCCCGGCCUCGGCAUCAGAUAGAUGCAUGCGGUCACUUUAUUAGAUCAAGUUCAACAAAACAAAAAGUCUGGUCUGCAAAGUACAGCUCACAAAAGGAGCAAAAUAAAAAAUAAAUCUAUGAUGUAAAUCAUUUUCUUUGUACCUUACAUUUGGACAUGUUUGUAUGGGAGAAAACCUUUAUUCGUUUUUUCUGUCAUGUAA